AGCCGAGAAGCCUCUAUUACUAGUUGGCACCUAGCCUUCUCCGCUUCUCGGGUCGAGGGUUUCUUCCUUGCGCCGCGGCUACCUCUCGACGCCGAUCCUGCCGAUUUCCCGGUCGAUUCGAGCUUGUGAUUUUUAAGGGUGAGCGAGAUGGGCGGCGGGGAACCCGGGCCGGGGGAAGGGGAAGAGACUGGCAGCGGUGCCGGGGCGAGCACGGCUGCGGCGGUGCCGUUGAGGGAUAUAAGGCGGUACAAGUGCGACUUUUGCGACGUUGUUAGGUCCAAGAAGAGUUUGAUCCGCGUCCAUGUCCUCGAGCACCAUGAGGAUGAAGUGGAUGGUUUGGAGGAUUACCAUGAAGGUGGCGGAUGCGGUGUGGCGCACAAAGAUGUUAGUCAUGGUUGCAAAGAGUGUGGCAUGAGGUUUAAGAAGCCGGCCCAUCUGAAGCAACAUAUGCAGAGUCAUUCACUUGAGAGGCCCUUUGCCUGCCAUGUAGAUGGUUGCCCUUUCAGAUAUAGCAGGAAGGACCAUUUGAACAGACAUUUACUUACUCAUCAAGGAGAACUAUUUGCGUGCCCUAUUGAAGGAUGCAACCGUAAGUUCAGUAUCAAAGGUAAUAUGCAGAGACAUGUUCAGGAAAUUCAUAAAGAUGGUUCUCCUUGUGAAAGCAAGAAAGAAUUCACUUGUCCGGAGGUUAACUGUGGGAAGACAUUCAAAUAUGCUUCCAAGUUAAAGAAGCACGAGGAAUCACAUGUCAAGCUGGUCUACUCAGAAGUUAUCUGCUGCGAACCAGGCUGCAUGAAAACUUUUACAAACGUGGAAUACCUCAAGGCACAUAAUCAAUCAUGUCAUCAUCAUGUUCAGUGUGAUGUCUGUGGCACUAAACAGCUAAAGAAGAAUUUCAAGCGCCAUCAUCGAAUGCAUGAAGGUUCCUGUGUUACUGAAAGGGUUAAAUGCCACUUUGAGGAUUGCAAAUGUUCAUUUUCAAAGAAAUCCAAUCUGGACAAGCAUGUUAAGGCCAUCCAUGAGCAGUGCCGACCUUUUGUGUGCCAAUUCUCUGGGUGUGGCAAGAAGUUUUCGUACAAGCAUGUAAGGGACAAUCAUGAGAAAUCUAGUGCUCAUGUGUACAUUGAGGGUGAUUUUGUUGUGGCUGAUGAGCAACGACGACGUCCAGCAGGAGGGCGGAAGAGGAAACCCGUAUCUGUUGAGAGUUUGAUGAGAAAAAGGGUGGCAGUCGCUCCUGAUGAUGCGCCUGCUCAAGAUGAUGCAACUGGGUAUUUGAGAUGGCUUCUCUCUGGUUGAUACGUCCUGAACCGGGAGGGAGAGGAGAGAUGCAAGAUAUCUUUGGACCCUCAAGCACAUUUUUAUAGUUCCCGCGAUUACUUUUUGCAUGUACAGGAGACGGAAAGCAAAAUAUUACAUGUAUGUAUGGUGGGGAUCACUAUCUUCAAUAUAGAGGCAGCCAAUAUGCCGUGGUCGUUAGAUGUUGGCAUGCAAAAGUGGAUGCUCGUGAUCAUUAAUCUAGUGUCUUGACAUGCAACAGUGGAUGCUUCACGGCUACAGGAAAUUUGAUUAUAUGUGAUUAAGUUGAUCAACCUUUGAUAA